AUGCCACCAUGUAAGUGGGUGCCAUCACAUGCAUCCACACCACCGAUGACAGACAGCAUGCUUACAAGACAGCUAAGACAGUUAAUUGGCUGCUGGUUCGCCACAUCUUACAUGUCUGCUAUGAAAGUACACUCGGCAGUGGGAAAGGGCUAUUCUCCAGUUGAUCGACAGACAGACAGACGGAAAUGCUGGUUAAAUGAACAAAUGAAUGAACAAAUACCUGAUUGGUCGAGGCGUCUGUACAAUGUCACUGUUGGGAUGUUUUUUGUCGCAGCCAUCACCUACACAAUUUGUCUGGUUAUCCAUCCAAUCUUCUUCUUGAUUCAAUUUUCUGAUGAACAGUUACUUCAUAACAUAAAUUUCUGGAAUUCUAUUGCGUUUCUGUGGGAUGACAAGGCUUUGUUGGCUUUUUCUGAUGUGUUGCGAGGCACUCAAGAAAGACAACUUGUAUACCUCAGUUUCGCUCCUUAA